CCACCACCGAUCGUAUCAUAUAUACACUUUAUAUUCUCUAAUGCACAUAUCCUAGACUCUUAACCAACAAAAUAAAAGAAAGAAGCAAAAAGAAAAAGCUCGAAGAUAGGAAAAUGUUAAGGGAAGAAUGUACUCCAAGUUCAUCAUGGUGGGAAGAUGUUCAACAUCAUCAUAAUGAUCAUGCAAACUCGAUUAGUUCGACGUCUUUCUACCAUAAGAGUAGUAAUAAUAACUCACACGCCAACGCUAGCUGUGAAGAAGACAAUCUCUCCGUCUCUACCGUACGCGCUUCGAAUCGUUUGGACCUAACCGCUGAAUCCUCCAAUCAUCACUCUCUCUCGGCUUCGAAUCAGCCUGCCUCCUCCUCCGAUGAGUUGCUUCGCGACCAUGUAGUAUCUUCUCAUAAUCAUCUAUGGAGUCUUGCCUUCUUGCCUGGUAGAAGCUUAGGAGAUCAAAUGAUGGAUCAUCAUCAUCACAUAGCAUCAAGAAAUUCAUCAACAACAUCAGAAUUACCAUCAUUCGAGCCAGCGUGCCAUAACGGUAAUGGUAACGGUUGGAUCUAUGACCCAAAUCAAGUUAGGUACGAUCAAAGUAGUGACCAACGGCUGUCAAAGUUGACGGAUCUUGUAGGCAAGCACUGGUCAAUUGCACCACCGAAUAAUCCCGACAUGAACCAUAACCUUCAUCAUCACUUCGAUCAUGAUCAUUCUCAAAACGACGACAUUUCUAUGUACAGACAAGCCUUGGAGGUGAAAAAUGAGGAAGAUCUUUGUUACAAUAAUGGCUCAAGUGGUGGUGGUUCCUUGUUCCAUGAUCCUAUAGAAAGUUCUAGAAGUUUCCUUGAUAUAAGGUUAAGUAGGCCAUUAACGGAUAUUAAUCCGUCAUUUAAGCCAUGCUUUAAGGCCUUAAACGUAUCCGAGUUUAACAAGAAAGAACAUCAAACGGCAUCUCUGCUAUUUUUGCAGGCAGCAGUGAGACUGGGAACAACAAACGCUGGAAAAAAGAAGAGAUGUGAAGAAAUUUCCGAUGAGGUUUCAAAGAAGGCCAAGUGCAGUGAGGGCUCUACACUUUCGCCAGAGAAGGAACUACCCAAAGCCAAACUUCGAGACAAGAUCACGACUCUACAGCAAAUUGUGUCUCCCUUUGGAAAGGUACUACAAAAAAAGACCGUACUCCUUUUCUUUAUUUGUUGUCAUAUUAUUUUAAAAAUAUUUUAUUUUUGUAACAGCUUUUAGUUUUUUUUUUUAAUUUUAUAAAUCAUAUAUAGUUCUUCUCUCUUUCAACGUUUCUUUUCAAAAAAUACAACGAAGAAAAUGAAACAUUUCGUUUGAAAACAUUUCAGACUGAUACUGCUUCUGUGCUUCAAGAGGCCAUCACUUACAUAAAUUUUUAUCAAGAGCAAGUUAAGGUAAAUUAUAUACAUACACGGUAAAAUUUACGAAAAUGAAGGUAAAUUGUUGCAUGUCUAUGCAAGCAUGACUAUCUUAGUUGACUGUUGGUGAUUUUAACGAACAUGCAGCUGCUAAGCACUCCUUAUAUGAAGAAUUCAUCAAUGAAGGAUCCAUGGGGGGGAUGGGACAGAGAAGAUCACAACAAAAGGGGACCGAAGCAUCUUGAUCUAAGGAGUAGAGGGCUUUGUUUGGUUCCUAUUUCAUAUACCCCAAUCGCAUACCGCGAUAACAGUGCAACUGACUACUGGAAUCCCACGUAUAGAGGUUCUUUGUAUCGUUAGUGACUAGUAUAGCAAAAAGUGUGUAGAGAGAAAGAUUUGAUUAAAUUAUGGUAGUGGUAAACCAUUCCAAACAUCGAUCAUUUUAUAGGGAGCAAGCAGUAAAACGGGAGAAGAGUAUGUGUACAUAAAGUAUAUGCAUAUUAAUCAUUGGGGUCACACUUCUUUGAUUUGCAAUUGUUCUUGCGUAACCUAAAACAUUGUGUUAUGGUCAUAUAUAGAAUAAUACAUUAAUAUUGGAGUUUGAAUUAGAUAUACUACAAUGUAAUAAAAAGUAGUUAAUUAAUGGCAUAUUCCUUGUUGAUUUCAA